GACCGACCUUCGUUGUGUUUCAAUAUCUUGUAUUACCUUACUCUACUUCAUUCUGUGUCUGUCCUCUCGCCGAGUGUCCCCGCCCGGCUUUGCCUUCAUCAUUCUCCGUACAGCCCGGUCCCUCGUUCAUAUACCCAGAAUGCGGUUUGCCGACAUCGCCGUCAACCUGACAGAUCCCAUGUUCAAAGGGAAUUAUCACGGCCGCCAAAAACAUGCCCCGGACGUGGAUGGCGUUGUGCAAAGAGCGAGAGAGAAGGGCGUAGAAAAGAUACUGAUCACCGGGACGAGCCUUCAAGAGACAAGAGACGCUUUGGUUUUGGCCAAGCAAUACGACCUCCAGUGCACGGCUGGAGUACAUCCUACGUCUACCAGUGAGAUGGCCAAGCAUGUGUCAGGUCCUAAAGGCUAUAUCAAAGAGCUUUGUGAUGUCAUCGACCAAGAUCUGGGCGAAGGCGGUUCUAAUCGAAUAAUAUCGAUUGGAGAGAUCGGGCUCGGUAAGACCACAGGCAUUGAAACUUCCAAAGGUGCUAAUAGACCAGAUUAUGAUCGACUCCACCACUCUCCUCGCGAGACCCAGCUCGCCCAUCUCGCCGAACUCCUUCUCCUCUCCAAACGCUACCGCCUGCCCCUCUUCCUCCACUGUCGAACAUCCGAGUCUCAGGUAGAUCUUAUACGGAUUCUCAAAGAGAUUGAGUGGUCGACGGAAUGGGGAGGAGCCGUAGUGCACAGUUUUACCGGGAGUGCAGAAGAAGCGAAAGAGUUUGUGGAAAUGGGGCUGUACAUCGGCAUCAACGGCUGUUCUCUAAAGACACCCGAGUCUCUCGAGAUGGUCAAGACCACUCCCAUAUCCCAUAUCCUUUUGGAAACAGAUGCGCCUUGGUGUGGGUGCACAUCCAAGUCGGCCGGAUUCCCUUUCCUCCCUCCUGCUGAUUCACCGCUCAACAUCCAGAAGGUGGGUCGACCGGAUCGACAGAAGGAUGGCUUGGGCGUCAAGGGGAGGAUGGAGCCUGCCGAGCUGGGCGUCAUCGCGCAUAUCGUCGCACAGGUGAAGGGCCUAGACGUCGAGGAGCUUGCAGAGCAGGUGUGGGACAACACCAUGAGGUUGUUCUACCCUAACGAAGUACAAAAAUAGAAGAUAGAUCGUAGAUGACGAGGUCUGCAUGUGACAACUAGACAUGCAUGU